GGAGCGGGCUGAUCGCAGAACGCCAUCUUUAAACCCCACCAGAGGCCAGCAGCUACAGUUGUACACCGGGAUGAAAACACUGAGUCUGCUGCGGGAUAUAAGUUCCGAUCACCGGGACUGUGCGAUCGUCUCCCGGUGAAGUAAAUAACGGGGAACUUGCCGCUGGGUGUGUGACGAAGCGGCCACGGGACACCGCGACAGACCCGAGAUGUUGUUGUGAUAGGCAGCCAACAACAAUAGACGGAAAGACAACAACAACGGACAGGCUCGCUAACUCGCUCGCUAGCAUCUCUGCGAGCACUGCGCUGUUCCCUCACGCUAAUCGGGAGCUGCAGCUAACGUUAGCCGCUUCGUUAGCAGAUCUGUCCGGUCGCGCUGAAACCUGACCGGGCUGUGCUUCUCGACCGGGUAUCCAGUUACAUCCAGCGGGACAUCCCGUCAUCCCCUCGCCACAUUUAUUAUCAAAUUGUGUCCCGGGAAUUUGGGCUUCAGCUGGCUAACCAGGCCAAGCCCCGACUUCUCCCCCUCCCCAGCGGCCCAGCCGGAGAUGCACGGAAGAUGUCGGUGUCGGGGCUGAAGGCCGAACUGAAGUUUUUGGAGUCCAUUUUUGAUCCAAAUCACGAACGAUUCCGAAUCAUUGACUGGAAGCCCGACGAGCUGAGCUGCCAGUUUAACGUAACUGGGGAAAAGCUGUUAAUUAUCCACUGUAACAUAACGGAAUCUUAUCCAUCUACGUCACCGAUAUGGUUUGUGGACUCUGAUGACCCGAGCUUGGCGCAAGUUUUGGAGAGGCUGGAGGAUGUGAGGAAAGGCAGCACCCUGCUUUUGCAGCAGUUGAAGAAACUCAUUUGUGAUCUUUGUCGGCUGUACAACCUCCCCCAACAUCCCGAUGUAGAGAUGCUGGACCAGCCGCUACCUGCGGGUCCUGUGGGUCAAGACCGAAAGCAUGGAACAGAAGAGGUCACUUCUGAAGAAGAGGAGGAGGAGGAAAUGGGAGAAGACAUCGAGGAUCUGGACCACUAUGAAAUGAAAGAAGAGGAGCCUGUUGAUGGGAAAAAAUCGGAGGACGAUGGCAUUGAGAAGGAGAAUCUAGCCAUCUUGGAGAAGAUCAGGAAGAACCAGAGGCAGGAUCACUUGAAUGUGAGUCUGCGUUCGGGAGCUGUGUCUGGUUCAGUGCAGGCGUCUGACCGCCUGAUGAAGGAGCUCAGAGAGAUCUACAGGUCUCAGAGUUACAAGACGGGCAUCUACUCAGUUGAGCUUGUUAACGACAGCCUGUAUGAAUGGCACGUGAAACUAAGGACGGUGGAUCCUGACAGCCCCUUACAUAGUGACUUACAAGUGCUAAAGGAAAAGGAAGGAAUGGAUUACAUUUUACUAAACUUCUCAUAUAAAGAUAAUUUUCCAUUUGAUCCACCCUUUGUUCGGGUAGUUUCGCCUGUGCUUUCUGGAGGGUACGUUCUUGGGGGAGGUGCCCUGUGCAUGGAACUUCUCACCAAACAGGGUUGGAGCAGUGCCUAUUCCAUUGAGUCUGUCAUCAUGCAGAUCAAUGCCACUUUAGUCAAAGGAAAAGCCAGAGUGCAGUUUGGAGCCAAUAAAAACCAGUACAAUCUUGCCAGAGCACAGCAGUCCUACAAAUCCCUCGUUCAGAUCCAUGAAAAGAACGGCUGGUACACACCCCCUAAGGAGGAUGGCUAAAACAGACUAUUGCCUUUCCUGCACUGGGACCACAUGUCUUAGAUUUUCAUUUUCUUGCGACCAUUAUGUUUUUUGUUUUUUUUAAUCCUGCAAACCUUUUUGUUCUCUACAUGAGAGUUUGAACUCCAAACCAAAUUCCUAAUUCAGUGACCACCCAGAAACUAGCACAUACAACACAAAGACACACACACACCCGUAUCUGACAUCCGUUCAUCGGCUCCUCAAAAGGAUGUCCUCUCCCCAGAUAUUUAUCUCUAUGUGCAUCUGUCGUCUGAAACAAUCUUCGUUUUUCCAUUGCGACUUUUGUUCUGUACUCCACGAAAAACGAUGGACUAAAUAAUGCGCAAACUCACCCUCUUUGGUUUUGGCGUUGAGCAUGCCAACGUUACUUGAUGGCUGUGAGUUGAAAGGUUGGGCAUGGCUUUAUCCUCCAGCAGUGGUAAUGUGAUGUUCCAGUCGCAGGACAGUGCCUCUCUGGCCACGGACUGGAUCUGGAAUGGCAUGGGACAUUCCCUGAUACGAUGCAGUGGUGGCUGGAAAGGACACACAAAUGCUGGUGGUAAAAGAACCCCUGCCUUUUCUCUCCAUGGAUGGCGUCUGUAAUAUUGUGCUCAUAUAUUAUCUUUGUAAUGCCACGAUCCAUCCUCUGGAAUAACAUGCUUUGGAGGCUAGCUUGCUUUCAAAACCUCCUUAUCUUUUAAAGCUUGAAGCCCUGAGGUGGGGAGUGGGGGAGGAAGAUGAAGAGACUUUUGCAGCCUGGGUGGGACAGGCUGCGAUGAAGAACAGCAUCCCGCUGAGCUCUAAAGUUGACGAGCACUGUCCUCAUCAUAACCAGCAGCUAGACCACUCCCUGCAGGAGAUGUGUGGUGUGUGGUGGCUAGGCUGGCAACACCGGAUAACGUGACCAGGCAAUGCAGGGGUGUGUCGGAUUGGAUCACACUGUAAUGUAGUUGAUUUUAACUCCAUAUGUAAACAUGUAAAUUUGUAUUUCUGCAAAAGGAUUUAAUUGUUUAUAAUGUAACCUUGUCUGGGUCUUUGACUGGGCAAAGACUGUAUUACUAUAUACCCCUGUCUAUUAACAGCAGGGGCACUGCAACUUCUCAAGACCCAUUUAGAAUAAGAAAAGGUUGUGUCAUGGAUACUCUUGCAGAAGGAAACAAAAGUACACCAUGUUCUUAUGUAAGCUUAAUGACUACUGCGUUUUUUUUUGUUUUUUUGUUUGAUUUAUUUGUAAUCCUCAUGUUAUUGGCAGCAGUGACAGAACCAUUCCCCUUAUUUGAUGGCACCGCUUCACCACAACGGACAUAACAACGAUGGCAUAGACACCGCUGUUUCUGGCAUUCCAGAGGUUUGGCUCUUCAUAUCUAAUCACUCAAACCGGAAGAACCUCAGUAAGGCUAUGCAGUGAAGACUCAGUCUUGUGGAGUUCUCUUGUUCUGAAGAAAAUUAGUCUUAAAAGCUCAACAGCAUUGUCGCCUGCUUCGUUCUUGUAGCUGGUUCUCAUCCCAACCACUUUGCCAAUCCUGCAGUCUGGGAAGAAAGUGACCGUUUUACCUUCUGACUUUUCCUUGACCUCAUGGCUGCUUUAAAGAGACAGCACAGCCACGAGAUUUAAAUUCACAGCAAUAGUCUUUGAUCAUAUACCUUCUGGCUUCACACCUGGGAAGAUCAACUGGAGUCUGUUCCAUUUGCAGGACAUUUGUUCAGGUUCGAUAAAUAUUUGUUCAGAUUUGCCACAGGAAGGACCCAGCUCUUAUCACCACCUCUCUGGUUACUAUUCAUAACCACUCGCAGCACCGCUGUACCCCUCAGUGUGUUGGGUCUUUGAUGUAAUGUGAAUAAUAUGCAGAAAACUGUGUGGAGCAUUCCAAUUAAUGCAGUUACACGUUUGUUGUGGGUGUUCUAUAGUGUGGUUACUUGUUUUGAGUAUAUUGUCCUGAAAACCAGCAUAGAAAGCUUAGUUAUGCUAAUUCAUCCAGUCAUUCCUCAUGUUUGAGUUCAUCUAGAAUCUCCUCAGUGAUGCUAACCUCAGUCACAACACCACUAUCUUCAAAACAGGUAGAGAUGUGUGUGAAAUCCUACAGCUUGUUCAUGUUCAGCACAUGUCCGACAUCUGUUUAAAAUGUGCAGAUAUAAAAAGUGUUGCCCUCUUUCCUGUUCUCACCACAAUCAAAAUCUUACCACAACUAUGGAUCAUUGGCAUGGUUGUUAGCUGUUGUGAUACCACUGGUAAGGUACUGCUUACUUCAUCUUGGUCCCAUUGUCAAGCCCACCCCUGCAUUCUCUGGAGAAGCAAACUCAGGAAUACAUACUGCACACUUGCAAAGGAUUGCUUCACAACAUCAUCAAAAAAAUGCAAGAUUAAAUGUGUCGAUCUCUUCUCGAGGGGAGGGGGCCAUUACAAAAAAAAUGACGCCCCUGUUUUACCAGUAGAUAUGGCAGUGUGUUUUGCUGUUGAGUUGCACACAUCUUGAUUUUCCAAAUGCCAUUGAGGUUAAGUCAUUUCUAAGCAAGUUUUUCGGAAUGAUCAGAUACUGCGGAGUGAGGAUUUGCUCCCGCCCUCAGAUUAUCCUGCGCUUGAUCAGGGGUUCAGAACACAUCUGCCCUGUCUUGAUAUUGCUGUAUUUUGCAUGUCAAUAUAUCAAUGGGUGUUUUUCCCCAAGCUACUGAAGGCAAAGACUGGUUGUAUUGGGUGUUUGAAAUGAAAAGACUAGAUGUAUCCAUUUAUUUCUCGAAUCGUUUACUCCUGGUUCCCUAGAUCCGUAAACACGGGAGGAUGUCUCCCUGUGUAUUGGUUUUUGAACCACGUCAGAUACUUAUGAGACACAAAGACUUAUAAGACAGCAUACCUGCUUGCAUUACCUUUAAAAAAAAAUAAUAAUACAAAAAAACAAUAUGCCAGGAUUCUCAACAAAAGUAGCAGUUCAGAUUUGUGUGCCAUCGGAGCAGAUUUAAGCCUACAUCCUCAACCUGUCCCUUUGGAAUAAUGGUGUACUUGAGUCUGCUGUGCACCAAAUACUUGGUCUUCUCACACCAUCACAAGUCUAACUAACAAAACCCUUCUCUGCUUUGGCGAGCGACACAUUGGUUGGAGGUCUGAACUAGCCUGUCUCUGGGUUCUUUCCCUUGCUUCAUUAACAGCGUUGGCCAGGUUAUAAAGUUAUGCACUGUUAGCAUGCUUUGGUUUGGUUUCUUUUUUUUUUUUAACAUUGCAAGGGUGAUUUUGACCAUGUAAAGUAAUUUGUAAACUUGCAUCAAGUUUAUGAAUAAAGAAUUUUAUGAAAUA